AUGUCACCUUUACCAAGUGGACCCUGGACGGAAUUGUCAAUGGAUUUUUGUGGACCAUUUCCCUCGGGAGAUUAUCUCAUGGUUGUUAUGGAUGAGUACUCCAGAUAUCCGAUUGUGGAUUUUCUUAAGUCUACGUCAGCAAAAGCUGUUAUUCCUAAGUUAGACAAAAUAUUUGCGGAAUUUGGAAUACCAAAAGUUCUGAAAACUGACAACGGACCUCCGUUUAAUGGAACAGAAUUUCGCCAGUAUUCGGAAUACUUAGGAUUAUCUCACAGAAAGAUUACCCCUUUAUGGCCUAAAGCAAAUGCAGAAUCCGAAAGAUUCAUGAGAACAAUUGAGAAAACAAUCAAAGCAGCUAAUGUGGAAAAUAAAAGUUGGAAACAAGAAAUUUUUACGUUUCUAAGGAACUACAGGGCUACGCCACAUUGUACCACAAAAGUAUCGCCAUUUGAAGCUUUAUUCGGCCGGAAAAUCAGGACCAAGAUGGAUGUUGACGUUCUUAACGAAAACAAAGGAGGGAAAUACGAAAUCCACACGGAAAUGAAAGAAAAUGACAUUAAAGCUAAAUCAAAAAUGAAACAACAUGCUGAUCACUAUUCUAGUGCAAAGGAAAUAGAUUUAGAAGUAGGAGACAACGUUUUGGUAAAACAACCAAAAUCAAAUAAACUGUCAACCCCGUAUGAACCAAAACCACUUGAAAUUUUAAAAACUAAAGGUACCAUGGUCACCGCCGGGAAUGAUGAGAAGACAAUUACAAGAAACGCGUCGCACUUCAAAAAGUUAGACGAUAAGGCAGAUCAGGACCAGGAACUCGAAGUUGACGAAAUACCCGUGAAGACAGAUAACUCCACGUGUGAGUUACCGAGCCGUCCUAAGAGAGAAAUCCGCGCACCUAAGACACUUAUUGAAGAAAUGUAG